AGACACAAAUAUUUCUUAGGAACUACAGAACAUGUUAGCGUCAAAUACCAUCAACAAAGCUGGUAAAAGAGAAGAGGAUUCCGAACAGAAAGGUUGUUCGACUUCCAAGAAACAAAAAGUAGAGUACGAUGUGUUUGUAAGAAACGGGAUAAACUGCUUUAAAAGUGAAGAAUAUGGUUCGGUGUACUUUUCCUGUUUUAAUCCAGUCUGGCCUAUCCUAGGAUGUGGGUUAAGUGAUGGAAAGGUUCUAAUAAUUGAAGGAAAAAGGCAAGCCGAUUUAGUUAGCAUAUGGGAAAAUAAAACAUGGAACAAAGUAAAUGCAAUGUCGGCUAUGACCGAUCUCGGAUGGAACAUGGACGGCAGCCUUUUGCUCACCGCAUUUCUGGAUGGGCAAAUUGUACUAUGGAACAAAAACAUCAAAACUUCAAUGGAAAUUAAAGAUCCCAGUGGUGAACAAGUGUGGGCUGCUACAUGGAAUCCUUUCUUGCCUACUAUAUUCGCAACUCGAAGUGAUCAGACUGUUCUAAUAUGGGAUCAUGCCCAUAACCAACCGGAAACACCUAAACAGAGAUUCGCCUACCACUCUAGUCUGUUAAGAGACUUAGUAUGGAUCUCGGAGGAUCAGUUUUUUUCAUGUUCCGAUGGCGGGUUCAUUCUGCUAUGCCAAAUUGGAAUUGAAUCGCCCAUAAAAUCUUUCGAUCACGAAGAUGCAGUGCUAUCCUUGUCUUGGAACAGUACUUUGAAUCUUUUGGGAUGCUUAUCACGGAACGGAUCAAUAAUGGUAUGGUCGAUCGAGACCAACGAGCCUAUUUAUUUAGUAAAAAAUGAAAGAAUGAAAAGACCCACGUGUUUAGCUUGGUACCUUGAUGAUGAUUCGAUAGCUGAAUCAAGUUGGAUUGCCUGCGGAUUAGAGGAUGGAUCUGUAGUCUUAUGGGAUAGCCGUGGCAAUAGCGAUCCAGUCCUUAGUUUGCCCGUACAAACCAAUUCCAUCUGGGAUGUCUCCUUUUCUCCUGACGGCCUGUUUUUAGCUUCUAUCGAUUUGCAAGGAAACUUGGUUAUUUGGACAACUAAGACCUGGCAAAUCGUAUUUCAAUCGAACUUGUCCUUCCGCGCGUCAAAAAGAAUCUUGCAAUGGGGAGCAGGUGGACGUAAAUUAGCUAUUGCUAAUCCAAGUGAACAGAUUCACCUAAUUGAGGCUGUUGAGUUGGUGAAGAAUAAACAUUAAACAA